UCCAUAUCUUUAUUUUUUCUGCUUCCGGUUUGGAACUUCCUUUUUGCUUCAGCAGAUAAAAAUGUCUCUAGUUCUGCCUGAAAAGUUUCAACACAUUCUUCGUGUUAUGAACACGAACAUCGAUGGACGAAGAAAGAUUUCCUUUGCCAUCACAUCCAUUAGGGGUGUUGGUCGUAGAUUUGCAACAGUUGUGUGCAAAAAGGCUAAUGUAGAUAUCAGAAAAAGGGCAGGAGAGUUGACAGAAGAAGAGGUUGAACGCAUUGUGACAGUCAUGACCAAUCCCAGACAGUACAAAAUUCCAGACUGGUUCCUGAACAGACAAAAGGAUAUUAAAGAUGGUCGUUUUAGUCAGGUUCUUAGCAACGGUUUGGAUAACAAACUUCGUGAGGAUCUUGAAAGGUUAAAGAAAAUCCGUGCUCAUAGAGGUCUCAGACACUAUUGGGGCCUCCGUGUUAGAGGUCAACACACUAAGACUACAGGUCGCAGAGGUAGAACUGUGGGUGUGGCCAAGAAGAAGUAAUUUUUUCAAUGAGUACUUUGUUGCAGUAAUAAAUCUGUGAAUUAUAA